AUGGCCAGCCGGUCGAAAAUGAAGAUGACUUUUGUUUUGUUAUAUUCGUAUUUGCAUCGUUCCUUGCAUCAACACAUCUCCGGGUCGGCGGGAGAAGAACGGUUUCUUGGGCCCUGCCUGCAUCAUCCGAAGGUGAGUGACUCGAGCAAUUGCCCGGGGGCCAAGGGCGCUCACGAGCCAUUCCCCUUCUCGUCGCAUCGGUCCCUAUCUCUGGCCGAACAGCAUCACAGUGUGGGCUUAGCGGCGGACCUCACCGAGGAGUGGAGGAGGAGCCACCCCCUACCGGACACCUCCCACCUCUUUGAACUAAUUUUUGUGCUGAGUUUUAAGUUUGUAGAAGGAUCAAGAGAUGGAGAGGGAAGCCCAGGACCGGAGACCUCAUCAUAUUUUAGUUCACCAGCAUCCAAGAAGCUCUACAAUCAAGUGAUGGAGGAAGACUUCAACCCACCCCUGGAGGACUCAUCAAUGAAGACAUCACCAUCCAGGAAAGUGCUGCAGUAACUUCCCCUCCUUUUUCUUCUUUAUUUUGAAUGUAUUGUUUGCAUUUUGAGUUCAUGUAUUGUUGUAGUGUAUUUGUGUUGUGUUGUGUUGUUUGCAUUGAAGUUCUGAUGUUGAACUAAUUUUUGUGCUGAGUUUUAAGUUUGUAGAAGGAUCAAGAGAUGGAGAGGGAAGCCCAGGACCGGAGACCUCAUCAUAUUUUAGUUCACCA